CCUUUUAUACUAGAAUUUUUUGGCCCUCAUGGGGGAACAAGAGGCACAACAGAUGACAUCAAAUGACAAGGGAAAAAGCUCAACAUUUCCCCGGACAAAUGCCUCAAUGUACAUAUGUACCGGUUACUGAAUUGGCCCUUUAGAGUUGUACUAACCGCAUCACUCGUCCUCAUGCUUGAGCGUGGGGGAGGCCAAGCUCAAAGCAACGUACACGGGACAGAAAGGGAAACAACCGGGUCCUCUGCUAAAAACAGCGGGUGGAACAAGCUCCUGGUCUGGUCGAGACACGCGCGAAAUGUAAACCAUUUCGUAUUUGGCGCACAACCCCGGACCUGUGCGCUACGCUUUGACGGCUAAAUUAAUUCCGGGAGUCGGGUCCAACUUUUCUGUGGUGUUGGGGUUUAAACUCUAGGGAAAAAAUACAAAAGAUAACGCCGGGGUCUGUGAUUGGCCGGAGUGCGAUAAACUCUAACCCUAUUUC